GACUGCAGAAGCACGCCUAAGCUUGUUAAGUACGCCAUUGGAAUGCAGGGCUUCAGUGACGAACUACCAGGAGGUUUCAUUGUGAACCUUGAAGAUGUUGAGCAACAUAAAAAUCGAACCAAGGAUGAUGUAUGCCUUGACGCAUUGAAACAAUUGGAGCAUUGGGGUCUAAUUGGGGAGCAAUUUGACAGUACAUUCUCCUGUCAAAAGGAUAAACUGUUAGAGGAUUUGAAGGCGCGACUUAGUACCCAGUGA